GAGUCUCCUUUUUUCUGGUUCAUGCCGCCCGCGCGCUCCUCAGGCCCCGCCUCCACACCCAGUUUCGGGGGUCGCCUGGUAAGGUGAAAUCCUUGGACCCCCUCGUCCCUCUUGCUGGGAGGUCGUCCCUAUCGCCUCUCGUGGCAUCGCCAUAAGACGUUCCGAGUCCUGUCGCUCGGUGCGGGACCCGGGAGUCUGCGUUCGUUUCUGGUUAAAAUCGCUCUGAGGCGGUACGGGCCCCAACCUUGCUGCCUUCGGCUCUUGUAGACACCGAUCGCUCUGCCGAUCGCUUUUCUGCUCAGAACCUUUCUCGGAUUCCCGACUCUGCCCCCACCCCCACCCGCGCCGGUACAGUGGUCCCUCCGGAAGUGGAUGCAGGCCCUUGGCUCCGCUCCAGGGAGGGCAGAGGGGCAACAGAGAUGGCGGGGAAGAGGCAGGAAUCUGCGGAGUUAGGGGGCCAUCAGAAAGUUUGGGGAGAAAGAACGGCAGGGAUUGAAACAGGUUGCAGUAGAGUGGGGUCCAAGUGUUGGAGGAGGAAUAGCGAGGGAGGGAAACAGAAGGAUGCGGAAACAGAGGGAAACACAGAUGGACAAAAGGAGAGAAGAGAAACAAGGACAAGGAGAGACAUAUACAGAGAACACGUAGUGGUCUCGGAGAAAGCACAGGACCCAAACCCAGAUGUUGGAAGGAUGGGCUGGAUUGAUGUGGAACUUUAUUCCAACAGAGCCCAUCUGUUUAUGAUGCAGAGAUUGCUCAGAGCUCAUCUCCACAGAAUAACCUUAUCUGAGAAAGAAACCCAGAAGAAGAGGGGAAAAAAGGAGGAAUGGCUCUUUCCCAGAUUCCAUCUCACUGUGACCCAGUGACGUGGAACUUGGGAAGAGGCUCCUUUUAGGUCGUCAUCCUGUGAAGGAUUUUCUUUGCAGGCAUUGACUGGAGGUAGGGAGUAGGGCGUGUGGUGUCAGUGAGGUUGGACAUUAAGGAUUCUUCAGAGACCCCUUCUGGAUGCCCUUUCAGCUCAUACAGAUCAAGGUUAAAGAGAUUACAUAUGGACGGUUGACCUUCAGGGAUGUGGCCAUAGAAUUCUCUCAGGACGAGUGGGAGUGCCUGGACCCUGCCCAGAGGGCCUUGUACAGGGACGUGAUGGUGGAGAACUACUGGAACCUGAUGUCCCUGGGUGAGGACAGUUUCCCUCCAGAAGUUGGAAGCCUUUCUGCUGGAUUUACAAUCAAGGAAUUACCACCAAUAGAGGACAAUAAUAAAGGAAAAUUAUACCACUUAGUGAUAUUGGAGAGAAAUGAAAACCAUGGCAUCAAGGAUUUGGAUCUCAAGGAAGUCUGGGAAAAUAUGCAUGAGUUUGAGAGUCAGUGGAGAUAUGAUGCAAAAAAUUACAAAGAAGUGCCUUUGACACAUAACAAAAAUCUCACUCAUAGAAAAGAUCAGCAACUUAAUAAGUCCUCAAUUACUUUUCCUCAAAAGCCGAGUAUUUCUGCAAGAAAUAAUACAUACCAAUAUUUCAUGCAUGAUGAGCCAUUUGUAAGGCAUUUGUUAAAAAUGGAAAAUAACAUAAGUGGUGCUGGAAACUGGUACAUAAACUGUUUGGAAAAUAGAACUGGAUUGAGUUUGCAGGCACACCUGGCUGACCUGUGGAGAUUUCAUACUGAGGAAAAAAUGUAUGAAUGUAAUCAAGUUGAGAAAUCUGUCAACAGUGGUUCCUCUGUUUCACCACUUCAGAGAAUUCCUCCUAGUAUCAAAAACAUUUGGAAUAAAUAUAGGAAGAUUUUAAAAUAUCCUUUGUUACCUGCACAAUACAGAAGAGCAUACACUAGAGGAAAAUCUUACAAAUGUAAUGACUGUGGGAAGGGUUUUAGCAAAAGCUCGAACCUCAUGAGUCAUGAGAGAAUUCAUUCAGGACAGAGACCUUACAAAUGUAAUGAAUGUGGCAAAGCCUUUACGGAGCGUUCACAUCUUACUCAACAUAAGAAAAUCCAUACUGGAGAGAAACCUUACAAAUGUAAUGAGUGUGGCAAGGCCUUUAACCAGUGUUCGAACCUCACUAGACAUCAGAGAGUCCAUACAGGAGAGAAACCAUAUAAAUGUAACAUAUGUGGUAAGGUCUGUAGUCAAAAUUCAAACCUUGCAAAUCAUCAGAGAAUGCAUACUGGAGAGAAACCUUACAAAUGUAAUGAAUGUGGGAAGGCUUUUAUCCAACGUUCACACCUUUGGAGUCACAAGAGAAUUCAUACUGGUGAGAAACCUUACAAAUGUAAUGAAUGCAGCAAAGCCUUUGCUGAACGUUCAAGCCUUACUCAACAUAAGAAAAUCCAUACCGGAGAGAAACCUUACAAAUGUAAUGAGUGUGGCAAAGCUUUUAAGCAGUGCUCACACCUCAUUAGACAUCAGAAUACACAUCCUGGAGAGAAACCACACAAAUGUGAUGUAUGUGGCAAGGCUUUUAUCCAAAGCUCUAGCCUUAUAGAACAUCAGAGAAUUCAUACAGGAGAAAAACCUUAUAAAUGUAAUAAAUGUGAUAAGGCUUUUAUCAGACGGUCACACCUAUGGGGUCAUGAGAGAACUCAUACUGGAGAGAAACCUUACAAAUGCAGUGAGUGUGGCAAAGCUUUUGCUGAGCGUUCAAAUCUUACUCAACAUAGAAAAAUCCAUACUGGGGAGAAACCUUACAAAUGUAAUGAGUGUGGCAAAGCUUUUACCCAAUUUGCAAACCUUACUAGGCAUCAGAAAAUACACACUGGAGAGAAACCACACAAAUGUGAUGUGUGUGACAAGGCUUUUAUCCAAAGUUCAAGCCUUAUGGAACAUCAGAGAAUUCAUACAGGAGAAAAACCUUAUAAAUGUAAUAAAUGUGAUAAGGCUUUUAUUAAACGUUCUCACCUUUGGGGUCAUGAGAGAACUCAUACUGGAGAGAAACCUUAUAAAUGUAAUGAGUGUGGCAAAGCCUUUACGGAGCGUUCACAUCUUACUCAGCAUAAGAAAAUCCACACUGGAGAGAAACCUUAUAAAUGUAAUGAGUGUGGUAAAGCUUUUACCCAGUUUGCAAAACUAACUAGGCAUCAGAAAAUACAUAGUGAAAAGAAACAUCAUAAAUCUAGUAUGUGUGCCAGUGGUUUUAUUCAAAGUUCAAGCUUUGGGGAUCUUCAAAGAACUCAUAGUAGAAAGAAACCUUACAAAUAAAAUGAUUAAGCAAGUGGUCAAGCCUUAUUCAACAUCAGAGAUUCCAUCAUGGAGAGGAACCAUAUGAAAUUAAUAUAUGUGGCAAAGCUUGUAACCAGGGGCUUACACCUCACUUGAUACCAGAAUAUAAACCUCUAAAAGAAAGCACACAAAUGUAAUGUAUGGCAAGGCUUAGCCAAAGUUUAUACCUUGUGGAACAUAACAGUUCUUACUAGAUAAAAACCUUGCGAAUGUAAUGAGUGUGAUCAUCUUUGUAAAACAGGCAAAUGGGAUUAAGAGGUAUAAAUUUCCAGUGAUUAAAAAAAAACACAACUUUGUGGUCAUGAAUUCAUAUGAGAUGGACACCAUACAAAUGUGUCAAGGUCUUUACCUGAGGAAACACCAAAGAAUUCAUACUGGUCAAAAACUUACAAAUGUAAUGAAGGUGAUAAUUUGUUUAGCCAAUUCUCUAAACGGACUACAAUAAGAAAAUUCAUACUAGGGGGAUGUAGGUCUGUUUUGAGGAUUAACCAAUCUUAGAUGUUAAAUUCCACCGAAAAUUUAAGUUAUUUAAAACUAACGAGAUGAUGUGUGUCAAUAGAACGAGGAUAUCUGUGGAAAGACUACUAUCUUCAGCUUAUACUUUUUAAAAAAUAUUUUAAGUAAUCUCAGCACCCCAUGUGGAAUUCAGAUCCACAACCCCAAGAGUUGCAUGCUCUUCUGAGCCAGCCAAAAGCUCCUAUAAAUUUUUUAAAAUUAUUUGAGGUUUCUUGAGGCUGCAUUAUUAUUGAUGACUUACAUCCUGAAGUUUGGAAUCCAUUGAUGUUAUACUUUAAUUACAUGAAUUUCAUGAGACCAUAAUGGUCUCAGAAGGGGUCAGUAAGGUGAAAGCACCGAGUUCAUUAGGUGGGGCUUAUACCUAUGUAACCUGGAAAAACUAGGAUACUAAUUUUAAGAUACAGUAUGGUGUAAGUUUGAGAGCAUAGGGAGUGUCAGGGAAUAGUGUAAAACUGUUACCUAAAUUGCCAUGUUUUCUGUGAUCACAGCAUCUUCUCUAGAUUUGUUGGUAUGAUUGAGGGCCUUUGUUGAGGAUGAUUAUAGGAAAGGAUGAUCAUGAAACAGAGUAUGCUAGGACAUUGAGAGAAUGAGAUUUUCAUGUGAGUAGAAGGACAGGUUACUAGGGAUGGCAUAUGUGGUAGAAAAAAAAUUGAGGGGGAAUGAUGAGCUCUCCCUCUUUUGAAAGGUAAUAGUUGUUGUAUAUCAUAGAUUAGUAAAAAUUAGUCUUAUUUUUGGAAACUGAAGAAAAAGUUCUAGAGGACAUUUUAAUCAAAAGAAUGAGAGUGGUAUGCUUGUGAAGGAUUCAAAUUUGGCCACUGAAAUUGUAUUUUGAUACUAUUUGAUUUAGGAUAUUAUAAAUUCUCAUAUCUUAAGUAAAAUAGAAACUUUUUUCCUUUUUUUUUUUGUAACACUGAAUGAAUCAUACGCCUUUUAUUAGCCCGAGUGCAUCCCACCUCAUCAGGGCAUUUCAUAAUGAACACUAAUACAUCCUUGGGCUCCCUAGGUUGAAUGUCAUCCAUAACAAUUUUCCUCCAUGUUAGAUUCACACAACAUACAGUCUUGGAAAUACAUAUUCAUAAUUUGAAUUUGAAAGUUAUGCAAUUUCAAACUCUCACCCUCGAAAACUUGCCUCCCUGUUCAUGAACAUACACUGAUUAUAUUUCUACAUGCCUUUCUUUUGUGCUGAAAUGAGGCCCAUGGGUUGUACCUUUACAUGAAAUGAAAAUAGAAAAGUAGUAAGCAUAUGAAAAGUAUUCGGAAAUUUCAGAAAUAAGGAUAAAGAUAAUCUCUUGGGCUGGAGUGCUCAGGAAAAUAAACUGAAAAGAUCAAUGUUCAUUGAGUUUACUCAAGAACGAACACUGACACAAUGGGAAUCUUGAUAGCUAGCAAAUGCAUAUAGUUACCCUCUAAAACAUUUUUUGCUAGUUUGCACUUGUGCUUACUCCACUGGAACAGGAUGUUUGGAUGUCAUGAAUGAGGACUCCAAACAAAGUGUUAUGAGAAUGUUUAUUACAUAAUGAUGCUUUCUGGGGAGAUCAAGAUAGACCUCAGAUUGUUCUAAAAGUGGCUAGAGAACUUAGGGAAUGGCGACUGGUUUGUUAUGAUGGAUACUAUGUGGGGCUGGGGUGAUGGCACUUACAGUGUGAACGUUCAACUAAUGCCAAGGGAAGGGGCACCCAGGCUUUAUUAUUAGCUUGCCCUGCCCAGAUGGGCAGAAUAGUAAGAGAUUAUAAUGAGGCUUAACAGGUAUCAUUUGUCAGACAUCAAAAAUGGAGUCAGACUCUUUAAUGUAAAACUGAAUGUUUACUCCUGACUUCGUAGGGGAAGGCCACAAUCUUCCUCAUGCUAACACACUACUUUCCCUUUCCUGGUGCACAUACAGACCCCGCUGCACAAUAUGAUUGUUGAAAAUGGUGAGAUACUGUUUCGAUAAAUUACCUAAGGUAUCUGUACACAUCUGAAGUCACAAUCAUAUUUCUAUUAAGUUAUAGUCGAAUAUUAAAAUACAUGUGGAAGUCAUAGAAUAUGUCCCAGCUACAAGCCUUUUGUAAAUCUCUCAUUAAGGUAGAAUGGAAUGAAUGGGAUCUCAAAAUCAGUCCUUUCAUUUCUCUACCAAGAUACUAGAAUCAGAAUAUCUGUAUUGAAACUUGGCAAAUUAUUUUAGUUGUAGGUUCAGAUAAACAAAAUUGUAAUAAAAUUACAAUAAAAUUUCAAAGGAAAUAAAUAAAUCUUCAAGUUAGGAAACCCUGGACUAAUAAUUUUUGAAUCCAUUUGGAACACCUAUCAAGCUGGUCAUGAGUUGCAUGGAACAUACUCUCAGGAUAAAGAACAAAGUCUGCUGAAAACUCUUCCCACAGUUAUCCUUGACUACCUUGUCAUUUAGUAUUAAUAAGGGGUAUUAUUAAUUUGGUCUGCAAAAUGUUUUCUCUAACAUCUUUUUCUUUUACCUUCUGUUGUUUAGGGAUGAAUAUGAAAUUUGAAAAGUCCCUAAUACCCUUAUUAAAGUUCCAUUAUUAAAAUUUCUAGCUAGUUGGAAAAACUUCCUGGGAUUAUCAUUUCCACAUAAGACAAAAACCUAAUAAUGAAAAGGCUUUGCCCCUCACCCUUGGUCAUACAGUGGCCAUCCUGCUCUAAGGAGAGGGCUGAGUGCUAAUGGAGGUAGAGCAGGCAGAGAAUUGCCCAGGGAACCUGUCACAUCCCACAUCACAACUCUGGGCUUCCUGUUACUUGGGAAUGAUAAACCACCUAUUUGUUUCAGCCACUGUUUUCCAGGAGGUCACUCACAAAGACAGUCCUACCUGACCAAAAAGAUGAAUAUAUUGUAUUGAGAGUAGAAUGGAGCAUUUGAGAGGGGUUCUUGAAUUUAAAAUUUUGUAGCUUAGAAAAGCUUCAUUAAAACAUCCCUUCAG